GGUACUUAAGAUGGUACGUGUCUAUUAAACACAAUUAUCCGGGCGCAGCCCUGGCUCUAUAAUAUUUCAUAUUUUCCCGUCCCUUGCAAUGAAUUUCAAGAUUUUUAAGCGUUGACUUUGUGCCUUACUGACACUGGAUCCACCGUGAGGGGCGGUUCAUUACUAUUUAUCGGCUAGUGGAAUGUCAUUAAGUAGGUAUGUAAAGGGGGUAGCCGAUAUAGGAGAGUUAUGGCUUGCGACGAAGCUAUCCUGAACUCCAUCCCUUCCUAGGAUGCAAGCUUGAAGAUAUAAGUAUUCUACAAGCAACGAAAUGAUCAUCGAAUAUAGGUGAUCUGACAUUUGACAGCCCUUACCAGCUCGUCUCAGUUUCACCUAGGUAAAAUCGCUACCGGCGCCAUGGCCCCCAGGAUUCUCAUUUUCGGUACAGGGAGCUUGGGCGGUGUCUAUACAUGGGUUCUCUCGCGUGCUAUACCGGAAACAAAUAUCACAGCUGUCUGCCGAUCAAAUUACGAGGCAGCCUCUCAACGCGGAUUCACGAUCAACUCGACACUCUGGGGUCAGGGUUUAUGUGUGCGCCCGCACGUAGUGCGCUCUGUGCCCGAAGCGGUGGCACAAUCCCCCUUACCUUUCGACUACAUCAUCGUAACUGCCAAGGCAGUUCCCACCACCCCUUCAACUGCGGAGUUGAUCCGCCCAGCUAUCUCCCCCGGCAAGACGGCCGUGGUGCUAGUACAGAAUGGCAUCGGGAUUGAGGAGGAGUACGCGAGCUUGUAUGCCGGCGAUGAUGUCCCUAUCCUCAGCACUGUCGCCUAUCUACCCACAACGCAGACAGCACCAGCCGUGAUAAGCCACCGCGAGAUCGAGCAUCUGCAUGUAGGCACUUAUCCGGCGUCCGGAGUGCCGGAGACGCAUAAGCGCGCCGCAAAAGCGUUCGUAGACUUAUUGACGGCCGCGGGUGCGACGGGCACAUUGUACGAUGACGUGCAGGCGCAGCGCUGGGCAAAACUCCUUGUCAAUGGAUCGUGGAAUCCUAUCUGCGCACUCACUAGGCUGAGGGACGCGCAAUUUAUAGACUCUGGGAAGAAAAAUGAUGAGGAGAGUGAGGCUUUUGAACUUAUCCGGGAUGUUAUGCGCGAGAUCGCUAGUAUUGCCCAAGCAUGUGGGUAUGAAAAUGUUGAUGAUAAAAUGAUCGACUUUCAGUUGUCCCGCAUGACCGCUAGGGGCCUUCCUGGAUUGCAACCAUCUAUGAUGGCGGACGCCCUUGAUGGGAAAAGUCUAGAGGUCGAUGCUAUUGUUGGGAAUGCAGUCAGGAUAGCUAGGGACAAGAAUAUCCCUGCGGUUCUACUCCGGGCUGUAUACGUUCUUGCUCAAGGUCUAAAUGCAAGUUUCUCCUUACCUAGGUAGAUAGAAUGAGGCGCUUCCUACAAUGAGCAACUAUAAUUGACAUAUCAUCAUGAAAAA